AUGGAGUACAGUACACCUCAUGAGCUGUCCUUUAGUGGUAAUGUUGCACAAAACUGGAAAGAGUGGUAUCAACAAUUUAAUAUUUAUUUAAUAGCAUCUAGUAAAGACGAAGAGAAUGACAUAAGAAAAAUUAAUAUCUUAUUGAAUUUAAUUGGUCCACAACGGGUUAAGAUUUAUAAUAACUUUAAAAAGAAAGAAAAAACUAAUUUUAAUACGGUAGUACAAGCAUUCGAUCAAUACUGCGAACCAAGAAAGAAUAUAAUAUUUCAAAGAUACAAGUUUGGAUGUUGUAUACAGCAAGAGGGCCAAAGCUUUGAUGAUUUUCUCACUGAAUUAAAAACACUAGCUGCUACUUGUGACUACAAAGAAGAUUAUAACAUGAAGAGAAAAAAGAGGUCCAUGAAACGCAUUAUGGUGAGGAGGAGAUGUUUCAAAUCGAUACAAUAUAUAAUGUGCAUCAGAUUAAUAGUAGUUUGA